AAUAGUGUAUUUAUCAGUUAAACUAAUCCAGUAGUCCCUAAUACUUUAAUACUGUAAUAAUAAUACAGCUACGAAAAUGAUUAAGCAUUUGUUUAUUUUAUCUGUUACUUUACUUUGCGCACUGGCAGCAAUGCCGUUUUUCGAUGGAUCGAAUGAUGAUAUAAAAAUCACUAAACCUUUAAACGAACAAGCAACUAAUAAAGAGGCGUUAAAAUAUCGAUUGCCUAAUGAUACUGCACCACGAGUAUAUAUAAUUGAAUUUGAUCCAGAUUUUGAGGGUGAACAAUUUACUUUCAAAGGAAACAGCACAAUUCUAUUCGAAGUAUUCCAACCUACUACCGUUGUUACUUUACACAAAUCUAAUAUAGUAAUCGAUGAAGACUCUACAGAGCUCAUUGACGCAAGUGGAACUUCACAAAAGCCAGUACUGCAAGAGUGGACCUCAGAGAACGAUUUUUACACAAUGAAGUUUGAGCAAACAUUAAAACCUGGGACUUAUACUUUGAAAAUGAAAUGGGCAAAUGGUGAUGAUGGUCAUGACUGGUCCUCUUCGGAACUGGGAUUUAAUCGAGCAACAGAUCGAUUUGGAGAUGGAAAAUUUAAAUACCUGAUUGCGACUCUUUUUGAACCAAUAGGCGCGCGUAGUGCCUUUCCAUGUUGGGAUGAGCCUGGUUUUAAAGCUGAAUUUGAAAUUUCUAUAAAGCAUUUUCCAAACUAUACUGCAUUGUCAAAUAUGCCAGAAAAAAGUCAUCAACAAUUGUCUGAUGGCAGAAUCAUAUCUUACUUUGAAAGAUCUGUAAAAAUGUCACCGUAUCUUUUGUGCCUGGUUGUUGCUGAUUACAAGUCUAUCAAAAAUGUUCAAGGAAAUAUAUCAUUUUACGGAUUAGAAAAAGAUCUAAAUUCAAUGGAACUUUCGUUGAAAAUCAGUGAAAUUGCUGUUAAAGUAAUGGAAGCUUAUACUGGUAUACCAUAUGCGCUACCAAAAUUAGAUCAGUUUACUUUUCGAGAAUAUCAAAUGCCUGCUAUGGAAAAUUGGGGUCUCAUUACAUAUCCAGCAUCAUCUGUGAUAUAUCGAAACACAACCUUGAUUCCAGAUGUUGAACAAUAUGACUUCAUAUUAUCCUUAGUAGCUCAUGAGGUGGCUCAUCAAUGGUUCGGAAAUCUAAUUACUCCUGUUUGGUGGGACGAUCUUUGGUUAAGUGAAACAUUUGCAUCAUAUUUUUCGUACAAAAUAAUUGCUGAGUGUUAUAAACAAUCACCAGACAUAGACAGACUCAGCAUGGAUAAUGUAGUAAUUGAGAACAAUAACCAUGCGUUUGAUGCCGAAUCAUCUAGUAACCCAAUAGUAGUUAAAUGGUUACCUGAAGAUGACGAAUCCAUCGUCCAGAUGUUUGGCACAGGAACAUACAUGAAGGGUGUUGCGGUUCUACACAUGCUAGAAAAUGUCCUUACUGAAAGCGUCUUUCAAACAGGAAUUCGUAAAUACUUGAAAAAACAUCAGUUUAGUGCUGUAACAAGUGAUGAUCUUUGGGAAGCAUUUCAAGAAGCUUACGAUGAAACUUAUACUGACAAACCACUCGAUAUUAAAGAAUUCAUGGAUCCUUGGUUAGAGCAAGAAGGAGCUCCAGUUGUAAAUGUAACUCGAAACUAUGAAACGGGAGAAACAAAAGUCACUCAAAAAAAUGUCCGAGACGUCGAUUCUAAUAUUAAAUGGAAAAUUCCAAUAAAUUAUGCGACUGAAUCAAAUCCAGAUUUUUCGUCUACUGUUCCAAUUAUGUGGAUUAAUAGAGAUGAAGAAACGAUUACAUUACCUGAUAUAAGUAAAGACGAUUGGAUCAUUCUUAAUAUUCAACAACGAGGGUACUAUCUAGUUAAUUACGACCAAGAAAAUUGGUAUCGAUUAAGCAAAUAUCUUAUCAAGCAUCACGAAAAGAUUAAUGUUGUUAAUCGUGCUCAGUUGCUUAGUGAUUCUUUUAGACUUAUUAAAGGAAAUCCUUCACAGCUCAAUAAUUUCUACAACUUAACAGUCUAUUUACAUCAAGAGAAAGAUUACUUACCGUGGUUGCUAGUGGCUCCAGUUCUAUCAGACAUGGCUGAUUUGUUUCGUAAUACGAAUGAAGAAGAUCUCUUUGAAAUGUACAUGCUUUUCCUUACAGAUGCUAUAGCUGAAGCUAAACUCUUUGAUGAUGACUCGCCAUCAGCUGUCCGAAUAAGAAGUAAACUUGCUCCAUUACUUUGUAAAGCUAGACACGAUAAGUGCAGAUCUUAUGCUCUGAAACUUUUUAAUCUAUUGUUAGAAAAUCCUUCUGUGAAUGUAUCUUCAUCACGUGAUUGGAAGUGGAUAAUCCGUACUGGUAUUGAACAGUCUAAUGACACUGUGUGGGAGAUGUUUUCAUUAAAUCAGGGUCCUUUCGCACAGAUUAUUCCUAUGCCAAAUUCUCAAGUAGUCGAAUUCACCGAUCAUAUAAAAAACGGUGAUAUAGUCACAACUAAAAUAUAUGGAUCUAAUUCGAAUUCAACUGCAGAAUCAAUUGUUGAACUUUUUCAAAGUUAUCUCGAAAGUAGUCCCGAUACUGUUAAUCAUGGUUUGGAGUUAUUUUAUGGUCAUUUUGACGAUAUUGAAAAAUUUUACAAAAAUGGCAAUGAACAAAAUUUUGUAAAAAUUGUUUCUAAAUUUAUUUCUUCCAUCAAAAAGCAAGAUCAAUUCGAUCAAAUGAAAGCAUUCAUAAAAACGCAUCAGGUUACAUUUGACAGUAUUUUUGGGAAUUCAUCAGUGCCAAUUGACAGAUUAUUAGAAAAAACUCAACACGAAAUCGAAGGGAUAAACGAAUUAACUGCGCCAUUCCGCGCGUUUGUGGAUCAAUGGUUCACUAUGGAUGAUAGCUAUCGUAAAUUAUCUUUAAGAGAAUAAAUAGAACAUUACAUAACAAUCGAGAAAAAAUAGAAUAUUCUAAUCUAUGCACGUGAUUGCUUAUCCAAGCCGAAGGCGAGGGUAGCAAAUAUGCGGAUUGGGACGCCCUCUACCUUUCUUGGCUGUGUAUACUAUUUCUCGGCAUAUCUGCACCUAAAGGUUAAAACUUGAGCUUCUAGGACAAAUGGCACAUGCACUAAUUUUUAUCAUUUAUUUUCUCAUGAAAGAAAACCACGAGAUAGAAAUUUUAACUUUUGUUACUGGUGUGGUGAAAAUCAAUUCAAAUGACGUAUGAAAUUGUGUUUCAAAAAAUAAAUUGUGUUGAUGACUUUGUACUUGAUGAAAAUACUUGUGCAAACGGAAUUUAAAUUAACUUAGUCAUUUUUCAUGGGUUUUCGACGAAACAACAUAAUAAAAUAUUGAUAAAUUUUGAAAUGUUAUAUGUUUUUAUAAAAAUGAAUAAAGAAUUAAAAAAAUAAAUCUGAGAAAAA